AUGUCGGCGGACAAAGUAUUCCAUUCGAGGUCUGAGGGUAUCCCCUCAGAGGGAGUGAAGGACCAGUACGCUGACGGUAAAGCCGCGAGGGUCUGGAAGAAGUACAUUGGGGACAGUAACCAGCGCACGCAGAACUACAAGGACUUCCUUACGGGCCUACUCCGGAAACACAACUGCGUGAAAGUGCUCGAUGUUGCCUGCGGCACUGGCAUAGACUCCAUGAUGUUGGUGGACGAGGGCUUCAAGGUGGUCUCGGUGGACGCGUCCGAUAAAAUGCUGAAACACGCUCUAAAGGCAAGAUGGGAGAAGAGGAAGGAUCCAAGAUACGACGAGUGGGUAAUCGAAGAGGCCAGCUGGGAGACGCUACCACGUGAUGUUCAGUCCUUCAUGCCCGGGGCAACGUUCGACGCAGUUAUAUGCCUAGGCAACUCCUUCGCCCAUCUUCUAGACGAGUAUGAAGACCAGAGGACGCAGAAGAUGUGUUUGGAGAACUUUGCAAAGGUCCUCAAGCCCGGUGGCCUGCUGUUUAUUGACCACAGGAACUAUGACGCCAUGAUAGACAGCGGAGCAACGCCUGGACAUUCCAUUUAUUAUAACUGUAAAUAUCCAGUAGAUAUAAAAACGUCAGUGCUUGUAGUAGGCGGAAAGCCUGAGCUGGUCGCUCUGGACUACUGCAUCGGCGCUACAGCCGACGGAGAAAUUAGUGAGAGGAGUGAAUUCCGUCUCUGCUACUACCCGCACAAACUGGACAAGUUCACCGUCAUGCUUGACGAAGCUUUCGGCAACAAAGCCCAGCACAGCAUAUACGCAGACUUCAAGCCUCUCGAUCAAGUUGAAAAUCCGGCUUACUACAUUCAUGUUAUGCAGAAACCACUCUAA